UGGUUAUUGUUUUGUGUCACUGAACCUGUUUUGAAUGGAAACAACUUGCAGAAUCAUAGAUCUCUACCCAUUAAAGAAAAAAUAUCUGCCCAUCUUAAGACCCUGAAACUUUGUACUUAGAUCAGGACAUCAGGUUGUCUAGAAAAAAACAAAACGACAGAGCACAUGGGUGUAUAAGAAACUAGAUACAGGGAAGAAAGCCAAAAGAAAUCAUAGGUCAUAACUCGUGCAGCGGCUUUUCAGAAGGAACUUGUUUUUCAUUUUGUUGCACUGUCUGAGGAAUAACAUGGAAUGGACAAGAGGGUGGCUGGCAUUCUUGGUGGUACUCUGUGUGCCUUAGGGAAAAAUGUUCGUACGGAAGAUCUUCCUCCUCCCUGUGACAGUAACAUCUAUUGCACAGGAGAAAUCCUUCAUCAUGUCCAGCUGGCCAAGAUUUUCAGCGAUGAUAAACAUUUUGUAGACAUGGGUCUCCUGGAUACACCUGAGAAAACAAUAAAAAAGUUCCAGGCUCUACUGAACAGCUCUUCGAGUGGAGAUGUUGAUCGGAAUCAGAUUAUUCAGUUUCUAAACACAUCAUUUACUCAUCCUGGAGCAGAAUUUAAAGAGUGGAACCCACUGGACUGGAAUAAAAGUCCUAAAUUCUUGUCUCAAAUUGCUGAUUCGAAGCUGCGCGCAUGGGCUGCAGAUCUUAAUAAUCUCUGGAAGUCUUUGGGGAGGAAGAUAAGUCAAGAUGUAAUGGAUCAUCCAGAACUUCACUCACAAAUCUACGUUCCAAACCCCAUUAUAGUACCAGGAGGCCGAUUCAGAGAAUUUUACUACUGGGAUUCAUACUGGGUGAUCAAUGGACUCCUAUUGUCAGAGAUGUACGACACAGCCAGAGGCAUGAUAGAAAACUUCCUGUACAUCGUGGACAGAUACGGAUUUAUCCCCAAUGGAGGCAGGGUGUAUUAUCUGAAUAGGAGUCAACCACCAUUCCUAACCUUGAUGAUGGAGAGCUAUAUGAACAGUCACAAUAACAUGACUUUUCUCAGGGAAAAAAUCAACCUUCUGAAGAAAGAAUAUGACUUUUGGAUGACUAAACGGAAUAUUUCAGUGGAACAAAAUGGCAAGAAGUAUACACUAAAUCGAUAUUAUGUACCAGCAGGGGGACCAAGGCCAGAGUCAUAUUCUAAGGAUUAUGAGCUGGCUGUGAACCUCACAGCAGGUGCAGAUCAGUCUUUAUAUUCAGAGCUGAAAGCAGCUGCGGAGUCUGGUUGGGAUUUCUCGUCACGCUGGUUCUUUGGUUCUACGAACACUUUGAGGGACACGAAAACAAGCGUAAUGAUUCCUGUGGAACUCAACGCCAUCUUAUGUCGGGUUGAGAGAUUAAUGGCUAAAUUUUACACCGAUUUAAAUAUGCCUGAUGAGGCAUCAAAAUUUUCAACUGCCCUGAACCAGCGAGUUGAAGCUGUACAGGCUGUACUCUGGGAUGAGAGUCUAGGGAUCUGGCUGGACUAUAAUAGAAAUAAUACUAGUAGAAAUAAAAACUUCUACCCUACCAACCUGUCUCCACUUUGGGCCUCAUGUUACACAGACCCAGCGGUUGUAGAGAAAGCUGUCUCCUAUCUGGAGACAAGUGGAGCACUAUCAUAUCAGAAUGGACUUCCAACGUCUUUUAAAGAAAGUGGUGAGCAGUGGGAUUUUCCAAAUGCCUGGCCGCCUUUACAGCACAUAGUGAUUGAAGGUUUGGAGAAGACCCAAUCUAAAAAAGCACAGGACAUUGCAUUUAGUUUAGCUCAAAAGUGGGUGACAGUCAACUAUAAGGCUUAUGAUAAAUACAAAGCUAUGUUUGAAAAGUAUAAUGUUGAAGGUGAUGGCAAACCAGGUGGAGGAGGGGAAUAUGACGUACAGUUGGGCUUCGGAUGGACCAAUGGAGUGAUUAUACAGCUGCUGGACCUCUACAGCUCGCGCCUGACGAGCUCCGCCGCCAGCGCCACCUUCUCUGGGCUACUUUUCACACUACCUAUAUCAAUCAUUACUUUUUGGAUAUGACCCCCGGACCACCACUUGCCACCCUCAAUGACUAAUUCACUUGACUGUCUAAGGUUCUCUCACACGAGCUUAGUGCGUAUUCCUCUUAUUUAUAAUGGAGAUAUCCCAAAAAACUGAACAUACCAGUUCACGCAGUUUACAAUACCACGCACAAACUGUGGAAGAAAGCAGAGAUCUUUUUCUGAUCCUGGACAACCCCUUUAAUUUCUAAAAGAAAAAACGUCUACAGCAUGUGGGUGAGGUUUGCUCAAAUCCCAUCCACAGGGCUGACCGUAUAUUCUGCUAUGGACAUUGUAUGCACAGUUUGGCACCAAAAAUUCUUGACAUUUCUGGUACGUAGACUUCUAGCUAUUGGCCAUUAAAGGGGUUCUCCUAGCUUUUCAUGUUGAUGACCUAUCGUCAGAAUAGGUCAUCAAUAUCAGAUCGGUGGGACCCGACACCCCCGCCGAUCAGCUGUAUAAAGGGAAGGCGCGCGCAGGGUGCACGUGCCAUCUUCCUUUUCUCUUCUUGUUCGCCAUAGAUAUAGCAGCAGAGAUGCCACGUGCAAACUGCGCAUGCGUUCCCUUCAUACGGUGUCGGAUCCCCGCUGAUCUGAUAUUGAUUAACUAUCCUGAGGAUAGGUCACCAAUAUUAAAAGCUUGGAGAACCCCUUUAAUCUUCCAUCUAUCUCGGAUUUACAGUGAUAGACUAGGUUUAGGCCGCUGGAAAUGUUGACAGAUGUGUAUUUCCUGCAUUUUGUAUUUGGAGGUAUGCGGUGGCCUUUAUAAACUUGGCACAGUUUACACAAAUGGGAUGCCAUGUGUUCUUCUUAUCUGCUUUCUACUCCACGUUCCACUGUAAUACGCACUGUGUAACAUUUUCAUAUAAUUUUAAAAUUUCUUUAAUAAAUAAAAAGCAACAAAAAUA